AUGCCGGUGCUCAUCGACGGUGAAAAAGGCCAGGCGAGACGCAAGCGAUUCGCCCCGAAAACGCGGACCGGGUGUGUGAACUGCAAGACCCGUCGCAUCAAGUGCGGCGAGGAGAAGCCUUCGUGUCGCCGGUGCGUCGUGUCCCGGUUGGAGUGUUCCUACAAAGUGCCCGAGACGUGGUUCUUUGAAUCAAAGCUCGACGCCACCCGCAACUUCAACUCCCGCUCCGGGAAUCCAGCUGCCAGGCCGCCACCACCUUCAACAUUGGUGGAAUUCACAAGUUUCCUGGAUGGCGAAGGUGACGCAUCGGGCGAGGAUGGACAAGACAAAUCCGCGGUGUCUGCGCGAGGGAGUCAUUCUCCAGCCGUGUCUUCGUGGGCGGGUCCCAAGUUAUACAGGUCCCAGCAUGAGUGCGACGCGUUUCAGAGCUGGGUCACCUUCCUUGUCCGAUACGUCGAGCCUCGUGCGAGGUUUCCUGGUAACGCCGAUCCCGACCCAGACAUAUACCGCCUUGUCAUUCCGCAAAUAGCAUACCAUUCUAUGGCGCUUCGAGACGCCAUGAUCGCAUGCGGCACACUUGUUCAGGCCGUGCAGCGAAAAUACGCCCAAGCAGCCUAUCAAAAGACAAUGGCCAUGGUACUUCAAUACGCCACCCGAGCCAUACGCGAGCUGGCGACCAGUACCCGACCACUUAUCGAAGUGGUGCUGACAGCAUACACGUUCUGGUCUCUGGAUCUCAUGUCCUGCAACUUCCAGAGCGCCAUGAUGCAUCUGUUGAGCGCAUUGCAGAUUGCUCGCCAAUGUCGAAAGGCGUUGGCUAGUGAUGAACUUGCCUCGCUGUUCGUUGAGGGCAUGGUGUUCAAUCUCCCAGACCCGCAGGCCGCCCCGCCGCCUGACAUAGGCAAUGACCCGCCAGAUAUCAGAAGAAUCAAAGCCGUAGUGAAACUUGAGGUCGAAUAUGACAGGGUCGCUGCGUGUACUCAGCGAGUGACAGCGAGUGAUGUGCCCAACAAGAGGGAGACCCUGGCCAUACUUGACGAAUCGAGACGUGAGGUCCAAUGGAUCCUCUCCAAGUACAACACUGCGGAGCAAUACACGCGAUGGCUCCUGCACAAGGCACAGCAGGUCGCAGACGGCUUCAGUGUGACAAUGCCCAAGCUUGAGAAUAGACCAGGAAUCUUCCAGAAGCUUGUCAGGGACGUUGAUGAGUACCUUGCGAGAUCUGCCAGUGGGGAUGCUCAGUCUCAAAUCCCGAUGGGCCUUUGGAGAAAGGACGCCUCGAGCGGGACACUCACGCUCAUGGUUCUCACUGCGGGGACAGAUCUGCCAUUGAGGCAUAUCACUAUGGACUUUUUCGAGACAGCGAGGCAGAUACGGUGGCCUGGGAGGUGCCAAUUGUGA